AUGUCUUCAAUUUCUCAAGAUCUCACUCCUGAACCACGAUCAAUGUCAGAUAAUACAACUGAUGUCAAAGAAGAAAUUGACUUUUCAGUGGUAGAUGCUUUACCACCACAAAAAACUGACAAUUCUGAAAAAUCUACAAUGACGAGCGAUGAUUUAAAAAAAGCAAAAAAACUAAAUCAUAAGAAACAAAAAGAAAAUGCCGCUACAGUUUCAUUCUUUAAAUUAUUUAGAUUUGCCACUCCUCUUGAUAUAAUUUUUAUUAUAAUUGGUUCUAUUUCAUCCUUGGCUUUAGGUUCUUCUAUUCCUGCCAUGACAAUAUUAUUUGCUGAUUUCAUAAAAAGCUUUUAUGUCUAUGAAUCACAAAAACAUACAUGUUUUCCAGCUUGUAGAGAUGAAGCACAACAAAGUUUAGACGAUAGCGUUAGAGAUAAUGCUAUUCAUUUUAUUAUCUUGGGUGUUCUCGUUUUUACUGUUGGAUAUUUACAAAUGUCUUUAUGGAUGAUUGCUGGUGAACGUCAAGCAAAUAGACUUAGAUUAAUCUAUUAUUCUGCUAUCCUUCGUCAAGAUAUCACGUUCUUUGAUACGGUGUCGACGGGUGACGUCACUACUCGCAUAUCUGGGGAUAUUGCUCUUUAUCAAGAAGGUAUCUCUGAAAAAGUUGGUCAAAUUUUACAAUAUGCUGCUACGUUUUUUGGUGGUUUUAUUAUAGGGUUUAUAAAAGGUUGGAAGUUAACUCUUAUUCUUUGUUGCGUGUUUCCUAUAUUGGCUACGGUUGCUGGAUUUAUGGCAAAAGCCCUUAGUCAAGGCACUGCUAAUGGACAAAACGUGUAUGCAGCUGCUGGAAGUGUAGCAGAACAAGUACUAUCCGGUAUAAGAACUGUAGUAGCAUUUGGUGGGCAAAAACUUGAACUUGAACGUUAUACUGCGCAAUUAGAACGCGCAUAUAUUAUAGGAAGGAAACAAGCAUUUGUUAGUGGUUUAGGUCUCGGGGCUCUUAUUUUGGCUUUCUGGUAUGGUAGUACUUUAAUUGUAAAUAAAGAAAUGAUUAGCUCUGAUGUUGUAAAUGUUUUCUUUGCCGUUCUUUUUGGUAUUUUCUCCGUUGGUAACGCUGCCCCUCACUUCGCUGCUAUAUCAAAUGCCAUGGGUGCCGCUACUAAGCUAUUUGAAGUAAUCGACCGCAUUCCUAAUACUGAUUCAACUUCUACUGGUCAAAUUAUUCAAAAAUCUUCUUUUCAAGGUCGUAUAGAAUUUAGAAAUGUCACUUUUCAUUAUCCAACUCGUCCGGAUGUCCAAAUUUUAAAAAACUUUAAUUUAAUUAUCGAACCUGGUCAAACUGUUGCAUUAGUUGGUAGUUCCGGAAGUGGAAAAUCUACAAUUAUUAGUUUAUUAGAAAGAUUUUAUGAUCCUAUUAGUGGUUCUAUAUUACUUGAUGGUGUAGAUAUUAAAAACAUUAAUAUUAAGUCAUUGAGAAGACAAAUUGGUUUAGUUGGUCAAGAACCUGUGUUAUUUGCUGAAACUAUUAAGACAAAUGUUGGAUGGGGUGGUGAUACAAUGGAAUCAGAACCAAGUUUGGAUGAUAUUAUAGAAUCUUGUAAAAAAUCAAAUGCUCAUGAUUUUAUAGAUGAAUUACCUAAAAAAUAUGAUACAAUUGUAGGAGAAAAAGGAAGUUUACUUUCUGGUGGUCAAAAACAACGAAUUGCUAUUGCUAGAGCGUUGAUCAAAAACCCGCGAAUAAUAUUAUUAGAUGAGGCUACUUCUGCUCUUGAUACUGAAUCUGAACGACUAGUACAAGAGGCAUUAGAUAAUGCUGCUAUGAAUAGAACAAGGUAUUCUUUUAUUUUUCUUUUUGUUAUGAAAAAAGGUGAAAUUGUAGAAAUUGGGCGUCAUGAUGAAUUAAUUGAUAAAAAAGGAGUUUAUUUUGGCCUUGUUCAAGCUCAAGAAUUAGAAACUAAAAAAACCGAAACAAAAAUUGAUCAAGAUGAAGAAGAGGAACUUGAAUCAACUCCUAGUUCUAAUGAUGAUACUAUUGUUUUAAUAGAUGAAAAGAACCAUAAAUUACAUUUACAAAAAACUUCUAACGGAGAAUCAAUUAUUAAAUCCCAAAAGACUGAUGAUAAAAUUAUAAAUGAAGAAAUGAAGAAAAAAUUAUUAGAAAAGACACCAUUAGAAAGAAUAUUUCAAAUGUGUAAACCUGAGUAUGGAUUAAUGUUUAUUGGUUGUAUUGGUGCUGGAAGUAUGUUUAUAUUAUUAAUUAAUUGGAUGUUGCGUAUUUUAAUUAUCGGCUUGGUGCUUGCUUCAAUUGUAGAUGUUUUUUCACGAACUGAUCAACCCGAUGAACUUAGACGAUCGGCAAAUUUCUGGGCUUCAUGUUUCGCAAUGUUGGCUGUUAUCAGUGCAUUUGCAAAUUUUGCUCAAUUAUCAAUGUUCACGUUAUCUGGUGAACAUCUCACAAAACGUCUUAGAAGAUUAACUUUUGAAGCAUUAUUGAAACAAGAAAUUACAUACUUUGAUGAUGAAAAAAAUGGAACUGGUGUGUUAACUUCAAAAUUGGCAAUAGACGCAACGAGAGUUAAAGGGUUAAGUGGUGGUCUAAUGGGAACUGUUUUACAUAAUUGUUUUAAUAUACUAGUUGGAUUUGGACUUGCCUUUGGUUUCGGUUGGAAAUUGACAUUAAUCAUCCUUGCUGCUUCACCAACUGUUGUAAUUUCUGGCUUUUUAGAAAUGAGUGCGAUGACUGGUUCUGGUUCAAAGACACGCGCAGCAUAUGAAGGCACUGGUCAAAUAGUUCAACAAAGUGUUUCAAAUAUGCGAACGAUUGCGGCAUUAACUAGAGAAGAAACCUUCAAAACAAGAUAUCAAAAUGCAAUAAGAGAGCCACAUAAAAUCGCAAUUAAAGGAAGUUUACUGUCAUCAUUUGGAUUUGGUACAGCUCAAGGGAUGUUGUACUUUUUUUUGUCUCUAGCAUUUUGGUUUGGUGCAAAAUUAAUAAAGUCUGGUGAAUAUGAUUUACAACAAAUGCUUCGAACUAUGUUUGCUGUUGUGAUUACUGCUAUGACUCUUGGACACAUAAAAAAAUCUCUUAUAGAUUCUACAGAUAACGAAGGCAAGGACCGUCCCACACCAGUAUUAGGAGAUUCUUCAUUCCACUCUGUUCAUUUCAAUUAUCCUGCUCGUCCGAAUGUACCAAUACUUCGAGGUUUGGACUUGUCGAUAUAUUCUGGAAAGACCAUUGCGCUUGUUGGAUCAUCGGGUUCAGGGAAAUCAACUGUUGUUUCGUUGUUGCUAAGAUUUUAUGACGUGAAUUCUGGAGAAAUUGAAGUUGAGGGUGUUAAUGUAAAGCAAUGGAAUUUAGAGUAUUUAAGAGCGAAUAUGGCUUUGGUUGGGCAAGAACCUGUGUUAUUUGAUUUGACAAUUGCAGAGAAUAUUGCAUAUGGAAAAGAAGGUUGUACUAAAGAAGAAAUCGAAGAGGCUGCGAAAGAAGCAAAUAUCCAUAAUUUUAUUACAGCUUUACCGGAUGGGUAUAAUACUCGUGUAGGCGAAAAUGGAACACAGCUUAGUGGUGCACGAGCAUUAAUUCGUUCACCGAAAAUUUUAUUACUUGAUGAAGCAACUUCAGCACUAGACUCUGAAUCUGAAAAAGUUGUACAAAUUGCACUGAAUAAUGCCAGUAAAGGCCGUACAACGCUUACAAUAGCCCAUCGAUUAUCAACGAUUCAAAAUGCUGAUUUAAUAUUGGUUUGCAAAAACGGUAAAAUUGUUGAAUCUGGUAAACAUUUUGAUUUAAUAAAUCAAAAAGGAUUGUAUUAUAAAUUGGUUACCAAACAAACUUUGAUGAAGAAAAACGAUUAA